GAUCAUAGUGCAUGUAAGUACUUACUAAGAGAUUUUAAUUAAACUGAGUACAGUACUUAUUUCAAUAAUAAUAAUCAGAGCUGUAACAAUUAUUUUAAAUUGAUCUAUACUGAGUAUUAUUAUCAGAGUGCUUGAAAACUUCAAAUUCCUGCGUAAAAUACUGCGUUAAUAACAACAACAACGUUCGACAUAAUAAAAGUACGUACUUAAAAAUUUAUAAUUGCCGCAAAAGGUUUUCGCUGGUUAUACUGCAGCGAUGCUUUGGUGUCAUACUCUCGCCAUCUGCUUACUAACAUCACUGCUAAUCUGCGCUGAAGCUCGACGCUUCCGUCGUUCGUCCGCCGCGCAGCCUAACAUCUUUGACGAUUUCGGUGACCUUUUGCCCCGCCCACAGAACCCCGAUCCCAGUCCCCUCCAGCAGCAGCACGCGGAUUCCGACCAGCAGGAAGCCCAACCGCGUCCCGCCCAUAAACGCUCCGAAGGCUCACACAUGCUGCAGACCCAGAUGGACCAUUUGCUGCAGUUACAGCAGGUCCUGCCUAUGGUCAUACAGCAGGUGCAGAGGCAGGUCACUCUGCUGCAGCAGUCGGAGAAGGAUGCGCAGGAAUCCGAAGAAUAAUGCAAAAGGUCAUGCGCGGAUUUUCCUUAAUUAAAUUGUUGGCCUAAUGUUUAAUACCUAAUGUGCAUAGCACUGAUGUGUGGUUUGUUCAAGUGCAGAUAAUUCAUAAUUGACAGUAUCAGGUGAUUGCAUCGAACGAUUAAAGUGCACGCAAUCUGAUAAUGGUACGCCAACAGUGGAUGCAGUUGCUAGCAAAUGCAUGUGAGAUCACCACUGUUUCGUUUAAUAUGCACCCGUUGUGUGAUUCGAAAAUAAACUUGGAGUAGCAAUAAUAUUUUUUCUUAUGAACUGGAUAGAACGCUAAAUAGGUUAGCUUCCAGGUUUUCAGGUUAAUCCACGCUAUGCUCUUGUCCUGAAAUUAUGGCAUCGCUCCUUGUGAAUAUCCCAUUGAUCGGAUUAUUUGCCUGCGUCUUUUCCGUGAUUUUACUUGUACCUGCCAACGAAAGCGUGCUACUGUCGAUGCGUGCUAAACAAGCGUCAAAAUACCGUCCCGUUGUUAUCGUACAUGGAAUUCUCGAUCACGCAUUGGAGCUCAUCCAUCUUCAGCUCAACAUCCAAAAAGCCCAUCCUGGCACGGAUGUCUAUCUCAUCCCUUUAUACCAGUAUAUCAAAAGCGCCUGGCCGAUGUGGACGCAGGUCACCGGAUUUGGUGACUACAUCCGCAACGUAUCCGAUGCGCAUCCGGACGGGAUCAUCCUCAUUGGCUACAGCCAAGGCGGCCUGAUUUGCCGCGCGGUCAUUCAGGUUAGAGCCGUGUUAAACAUCCACACGUAUAUUUCCUUAGCAUCUCCUCAAAUGGGACAGUACGGGGACACCAAUUAUUUAUAUUUAUUCCCAAACUACAUGAAAGACAACCUGUACAAGCUGCUGUACUCGCGAUUCGGGCAAACGUUUAGCGUCGGCGGAUACUGGAAAGAUCCGCACCACUAUGACCUUUAUCAGUCCACCAGCACGUUCCUGCCGGUCCUGAACAACGAGACCCUGGUGCCCAGUCCCAACAUGACGCUGUACCGGCGCAACAUGCUCCGUCUGAAAAAGUUCAUCAUGAUCGGCGGACCGGACGACGGCGUGGUGACCCCGUGGCAGUCGUCGCAUUUCGGCUUCUACAACGAGAACGAGACGGUGGUCCCGUUCCAGCAGCAGGAAAUAUACCGGCGCGACUCCUUCGGGCUGCGGACGCUGGAUAAACGCGGUGAUCUGGUCAUACUGGAGAAGGCCGGGGUGCACCAUACGCAGUGGCAUGUUGAUCCCAUAGUGUUUCGUGAUCUAAUUGAACCCUGGCUGAGCUAACGAGAAAAUUAUUUGCAAUGUAUUAUGAAGGUAGAAAUCUUUUGUUUCUAAAACGGAUAAAGCGCGGCAUCUGUUAAUUCCGUAGUUAACUUGUUGUUAACGGAUUGUACAUGCACCAGUAACUGUAUGGUAAAAUUAUUAUACUCUGUUUGAGUGCGUUCAAUUUUUUCCCUUUGUAAAAAGCGAAUUAAGAGUAUUACUUUAA